ACUGGCAGCCAUAAUACUGUAAGUCAUCUGUUGAACAGCACUACAUUUCUAUUUCGGUCUCGUAAAUUCCGGCUGAGAGUCAAAAAAAAAAAAAAAAAAAUAUUAAAAAAAAAAAAAAAUCAGCAAAAACGUUGCCGUAAGUUCACACAAAAUUUUUCGGCGAAAGCCAUCAGUGGAAAUUUUCGAGUAUCCAAGCAGCAUGACAUCCGCCUGGGUGCUAAUCAUCGCCAGCUUGCUGCACUUCGGGGUGCGACGCAGCUGCUUCCUGAAUAUGGAACAGCUGCCGGUGGUGCCGGACACACUUUUUGCCCGCCAUAUCGCCUACUGUGCCAUGCUGCACUUCCUCUACGACCAGGAGCUCCUGCCGAUGCGCUACCGCCGCAGAAUGAGUUUGCUGAUCGGUUUCCUUGUGGAGCUAGUCCUGGGCGUGGCCUUCAUGGAGGUGCUGGGUCAGUGGCUCUGGUUUCGUAUGGAGCAUUUGGUCUACAGAUGCUUCCUGCUCGCCCUGCGCACCUAUGGCGGAGAGCACACGGAGAUGUUGCAAUCCUUGGAGCUGGUCUUUAUGCGCGGUGUGAUGACCACACUGGCCGCGCUGCUCUGGCUGAACGCCUAUGCGGCCACCGAACCCAAUCAGCCCGAAGAGCCGCAGGUGGCACCGCCAGCAGCCAAGGCCAGCAUGGUCAAGCUAAAACAUCGCCCCCAGACGAAGAGGAAUGAGCAGCAGCCAUCGGCGCGUCGUCUCAAGAGCCAGGAGCAGGCAUCGCAGCAGGAUCAGAAGCAGAAGCAAAAGCAGAAGAUGAAGCUGAAGACCAAGCAAAAGGCGGAGCAAAAUCGAAAGCAGCAGAAGCAGGUUGAAUACCCGGAGCUCCCUGUGGCGGAGGACGAGGUGGCUCCUCUCGAGGAACAGCAGCAGCAGCACCUGACCGCAACCAGCGAUUGCUAGUUGACCUCCUCUGUAAAACGGCGUUCACAAUGCGGCCUCAAUUAGAGGGCGCCGGGAGAGAGGGACCAGGACCAGGACCUGGGGCUGCAAAUGUAUUUAUUCCAGCCAGAUGGACUCUAAAGACUCGUAAAGACCGUGCCCAAGGAUGCGGACGGAGCGGAAUGGAAAGGGUGCACAGACUGAGAGAAGUGAGAUGGAGGACUGAGGCUGAAUGAUGGACUGCAGUAAAAUGUCUAUGAAAAUUGA